GGAGAACAUUCAGAGACCGUCCCUCCGAAGAAAACCAGUCUGGGAAGUUUGAUCAGGAGAAGAAGAGGGCUUGGGGAUUAACCAGAGUCUUGUGGGAAUGAACGAUGACGGAGACCAUGGUUGACGCCAGCAAGGAGCACAUGGGAGCGGGGUCUCGGUCGCAGGAAACGGUGGGGCGAAAACCCAGCAGUCGUAUCCCACUUCUGGACAGGCUCUCGGCCACACGGGGCAUUUGGGAGCUUAUGGAUGUCCAGCCAGAGCAAAUCAAGAGGCUGCUCUCGUCACACCAACCAGGGUCAUUCAUCGUUGCUAGAAAUGGGAACGCCGCCGGCAAAACACUUUUCCUCCGUUUACCUGAAAGUGACAAUAAGAUGGUUGACCUUUUUCCUCUUGAAGACCAUCCAG